UCUGCUCCCCGAGAGCGGCUGCCGGGGAAACUGAGGCACACAGCCCUGCUCUGCCUCUGCAGCCAGCUCCAGCUCCAGCUCCAGCGCCUGCCCUGCUCCCCCAGUGCCUGGGAGCAGCUGCCAGGGAAACUGAGGCACACAGCCAUGCUCUGCCCCUGCAGCCAGCUCCAGCUCCAGCGCCUGCCCUGCUCCCCGAGUGCCUGGGAGCGGCUGCCGGGGAAACUGAGGCACACAGCCCUGCUCUGCCCCUGCAGCCAGCUCCAGCUCCAGCGCCUGCCCUGCUCCCCCAGUGCCUGGGAGCAGCUGCCAGGGAAACUGAGGCACACAGCCCUGCUCUGCCCCUGCAGCCAGCUCCAGCUCCAGCUCCAGCGCCUGCCCUGCCCUUUGGACUUUGGGGAUCGCUGUGUUCUCCCGCUGCCUCGCCCUCUCCCAGUGUCUGAAUUACAGGAAGAAGGAAUAAAUGCCAUUAACUUACCUCUCAGUCCCAUUCCAUUCGAACUAGACCCCGAGGACACUAUGCUAGAGGAAAAUGAAGUCCGAACAAUGGUGGAUCCAAAUUCAAGAAAUGAUCCAAAAUUACAAGAACUAAUGAAGGUAUUAAUUGACUGGAUUAAUGAUGUGUUGGUAGGAGAGAGGAUUAUUGUGAAGGACUUGGCUGAAGACCUGUAUGAUGGACAAGUCUUGCAGAAAUUAUUUGAGAAGCUUGAAAGUGAGAAGCUGAAUGUUGCAGAAGUUACUCAGUCCGAAAUUGCUCAGAAACAGAAGCUACAGACAGUGCUUGAAAAGAUCAAUGAAACCCUUAAACUCCCUCCAAGAAGCAUUAAGUGGAAUGUUGACUCUGUUCAUGCGAAAAGCCUCGUGGCCAUACUUCAUCUUCUGGUUGCAUUAUCUCAGUAUUUUCGUGCACCAAUCCGACUCCCUGACCACGUGUCCAUUCAGGUGGUCGUUGUGCAGAAACGAGAAGGAAUCCUCCAGUCUCGACAAAUCCAAGAGGAAAUAACUGGUAACACUGAGGCAUUAUCAGGAAGGCAUGAAAGAGAUGCAUUCGACACUUUAUUUGACCAUGCCCCAGACAAGCUCAAUGUAGUGAAAAAGACUCUCAUCACCUUUGUGAACAAGCAUCUGAAUAAACUGAAUUUGGAGGUGACUGAGCUGGACACGCAGUUUGCAGAUGGAGUGUAUUUAGUCCUGCUAAUGGGUCUCCUGGAAGGCUACUUUGUUCCCCUGCACAGCUUUUUCUUGACUCCUGAUAGUUUUGAACAAAAGGUUGUCAAUGUGUCCUUUGCAUUUGAGCUCAUGCAGGAUGGUGGAUUGGAAAAACCAAAGCCAAGGCCAGAAGAUAUUGUAAACUGUGACUUGAAGUCUACACUGAGAGUACUGUACAAUUUGUUUUCCAAGUACAGGAACGUGGAGUGAAGAAUUGAUUUGGGUUAACAGAAAGGAGUAUUAACAAAGAAAACAUCAUAACUAGCAUAUCUUUCAUCAGUAUUCCUCUGCAUCUCUAUCCUAAAAGGAACUAAACCAUAUACCUGAAGAAUUUUUGAUUAGUUGAAUAUUCUGGCACUGCUAUUUUCAUAGUAGAUUUAAAACUAAUAUAAAGAAAAAAGGGUUUGGGGGAAGGUAUCUGGUUAUAUUCUGGGAGAAUUCAUGUCUUUGUUGUCUUCACACUGUUUUUAACAGGUGAAGCAACAGUGAAAAAAAAAUUACUAAGUUUAAUUCAAAUCAGCCUUUGGAGCCAAUCAUAGGAAUAUUCUGUACUGAGUAUUUUAUUAUUUUUUACAUAUAUCUUUUUUUAAUCUGGGAAGGGGAAAGAAUAUUUUCUAUCCAUGUUAAGACAGUUCCAUUCUAAUUUUGAGGAAUGUGCAUGGGGAGAAACAGUUCAAUACACUUGUUCACAUGACAGCUAAAAAGAAAACACUUAACCUGGUGAAUAUCUAGUUCCAGUGCCAUUACUGGGCUUUAACUUUAUGGGUACAAACUGAAGUGGCUACUCAUUCCCUCAGACUCGCUAUAAUGUGAUCCUCUGCUUCAAUUUGUGCUAUGGAGCGUUCUGCAGAACCACACUCUGCAGCUUGUCACUUGCUUUUGUUCAAGGCAGAGAUCUUUUUUGCAAAGAACACUUGUCAAGAAGACACAGCAGUAUAGUACAGCUUUUCUAUAAUACUUGUUUUACUACAUAAUAUUAGAAAGUAGAAGAAUGGCUUUUUUAAUUUUGGCAGUUUAACCACAGGAUUAUCAGAUUGCAAGUUUAGGUUGAUUGCUUAAUAGAAUUUAGAAUUGCCCCUUUGGUUGAUUUUAUGAUGAAUGUAUGUUGCUGCAAAAUGUUCAACAGAAAAAAAUGAGAGUCAUUUUCUAGAAAUGGUCAAAACCUCUUCCACCUGCAAAGAUUCCAUCACAAAGUAAAGUUCUUUGAUUUUACACAGCUACAAAGCUUUUUUUAUUUAAUUACCACCAAUUAUAAGCUGUUACUGAUUGGCUUUAGCUUUAAAAAAGACACAAAAGGGAGAUGAGAGCUGAUUCUUCCCUUAGAUUGGUAGGGAAGCAGUCAAUAGCAGUUGUAUGUUAGCCAUGAUGCAAAGCAUUACAUAGUUUUCAAUUUUCCAGGGCUUUUUUUUUUUUCCUCUUUUAUGUAGAGCUUUCCAGGACAACAUUAGCAUAGAGGGAACUCCAGCAAUUAUUUUCUUUGCUAAACAUCACCUGAUGUUUAGUAAGAAGGUGAUACUGACUUCUACUGAGGAGCUAUGAGUUUAUUUUUCUAGGAAAUAAUAAGAAUUUUUUUUAAGGGAAAGUCAGUAUUCAAUUCAAAGGACAAUACCUGGAUGUUCUCUGGACUCAGAAAUUAUCUGAUUGUGAUAAGCACUCUAAAUAUCUUUAUUAAAAUAUUUUCUUAUCUGUGUCUUUUUAGCUGAGUUUCUGAAAUUAGAGGUACAGAAAACAGCAGUUAUUUGCCCUUUACAGGGAGAAAUAGCUGGACAUUUUGACCUCAGUGAAAAUGAAUGUUUUCAUUAUAUCUUUAAUAUCUGAGAAGCUAAACAAUAGGAAUUAACCAAACAUUUUUUGGACAAAUGGAGACAGAACUUCUCAUGUAUAUAUCAGCAGCAAUUUCAGCUUAUUUUCAUGUUUAACAUGCAAGUUUUUCAUUUGCACACCUAGAAGUGUUUGUAAUAACCAAUAAAAAACAAAUUAUGUUUUUUCUGCAGGCCAUCCUCAGCUGCAACACUGUUACAUUUCAACAGUGCCAAAAGGUUUUGAUUGCCUUUGUUUUCAGGAGUGCACUUUCUUUAAAGAGGAGAUUUAUAUAUGUAAAGUGAACAGUGAAACUGUUUUCUUUGCCUGGACUUGCAAAUAAGUGUUUCUGGUGCUAUAUUGGUAUAACACUAUUGGAGAUUUAUCUGUCAGACUCCAUUUCCAUCCUUAUAAAACAUAAAAUGAGACAGAAAUAUUAAGUCCUCAUGCUGAAAUGCAAUUAUGCAGAACCACAAAAACAUUUCAACAACAGCCAACCUUUCCACAAUCACCUAACCUAUGGUAAGAAUUUAUGUAAAUUAAAAUCUGCUAUAUAAGCAACAGUGUCCUAUGUAAAUACAGAUCCAUGUGAUAGUUUUAACACUUACAAAUAGUAUAUGCUGCCAUGUAGGAGUGGAUCACUGCUUAUAUUUUUGACAGUGUAGAUUUAAAUAGCUAUCAGAUAAAUACGAAAUCUAAUAUAGAGAUUAUAUCUAAUAUUUAUUGCUUUGAUUCAAAAUAUAAGAGAAAUAUAGAACACUACUGUAGACAGCUUGCUUUUCAGCAGUUGGUGUAGGCCAGCCCUUUCCUUCAGGGAAAGGAAAAGUUAUCUGGGCCAAAUUCUGCCCCACUUGGGUUUCUUUUAUUCCUGAUACACAGCAGUGCACCCUGACGUACUGCUGAAAACAGAAUCCUUCUCUCUGUUUAUAUCAAGAUAGGAGUUGUUUAAAUUUUAGUCAGCCCCAGGUUUAUUUACAAUUACUUUAAAUAGCUGAGUGGACCCAAAUCGAUUGAUUCAGCUCAUGUAAGACAUGAGCAGCCCCCUGCUCCAGUUCCUCCCGUGGUCGCAGAGAGAGCCUGUGGAUCCUAAAGCCAGGCAGGGUAAAUCCAAGGCCCUGCCUGAGGUGCUGCUGGUGGUGUUUGGAUCCCACCCAGCAGAGCAGUGUCCCUCUCUGCUGUGCUGUGUCACACGAGGGCCCACAGGCAGCUGAGCCCACUGCACACUGACCAAUUUUGGUCUGCCAGUAAACACUGCUGCUGCUGGGGCAUUGUGAAACCACCAAAAGAACUGUGUUCUGUGACUUCUGAUUGAUCCCUGCACCCAGCAAUGUGGUAUCUAGGUUUCUUUUGUGGCUGGAGAUGGGCAUCCUUUCCCUGUUGAUGGAUCCUGGCGUGCUCUUUCAGCCACACAAAACUAAUUGUUUGGGCUGGUUUGUUUAGGUUUUUUUUAAAGAGGAGCUUCCUAGUGUGUCAAUAAGGUGGUGUCAAAAUGAUUACCCAAAAUCCUAAUAUCUUGAGGUCAGCUCCUUUCAGAUUUCUUUCUCAGCUGACUGGCUGUUAUUUGCCAUGAAGAGCAAGUCCUAUGAAAAGGAACCUUUGCGUAAUUUUGCCCAAGACAUACUUCUAAAGCCCAGAAUUGGAUUGCCGUGUAUUUCUGAUGGAGUCCAGACGAACCAAGCUUCCUAUUAAAUGAGCUGACUGCAGGAUAUCCAGUUCUUUGCAUUUCCUAGUCAGGAGUAUCUCCAUGUUACAGAGGGGAGCAGCCCUUGCAGCUCCAUAGCUCAGGAAUUCAGGUGGACCAGCAGGAGCUGGAUAAGUUCCUAAUCUGCUGCAGUGAACUGUGGACCAAGUGGCAGGAAAUCACCAGAGCCUCUGUUUUACAGGGUUGGGAAUGGCUGCAUUCAAGCAGACCACGAGGACUGAGGUAAAAGCUGCUUAGCUGACUUCUGUUCUUACUUUUUAUUCUGGAAGUAUGGUUUUAAAUUCAUGUUUCAGAUUAAUUCAGCAGACGCCUUACUGCAAGCCACAGUGUUGUAAAGCAGAAUGGCUUUUAGAAGCUUAUUUCAUUAGAGAAAGAUAUAUAUGAUAUUUAACAUAUUAGAUGUCAGCUUUAAGUCUAGUUUUUGUUAUUUUUAUCUUUCUCUCAAAACAACCUUCAUGAAUGGCCAAGCAUCCAAAGAGAAAACAGUGCCUUGAAGACUCUGGCAAGAUUUUUACACUGUUACCUAGUAGACUUCUGCCAUGUUAUUGUAAGAAUAAGUGUGGGCUUUCUCUUUAGUCAAAGUACAAUUACAGACUGAAGAAAUCGUUUGUAAAAAAUUAGAAUUAGUUUACCUUAAGAUGUUUUAGUUUGAUUUGUCACAUGAAAAAUUGAGAUAGCAUCAUGAAAAUUUUAAAAUCAGGCAUACCUCAGCAUCCACAGAUUUUCCAAAGCGGUUUUGAGUCAUUCAACAUUUACAAGGGCUAGUUUUAUGUAUUCUGAAAAUAUUUUGUGUGACUUUCUUUCUGCAAUAGUGAGAUUUUCUUUUCUGUCUAACAGUUUAGUACCAUGCACUCUGCAGCAAUGCUGGAGUCAUUGAAACAUUUGGUCCUCAAUUUCAAUAUCAAAUUAACUGAGGGAAAAAAAUCAAAAUUUGCUAAACAUGUAUCCAAAAAUAAUUAUUAGUUUCAGUUAAGCUGCAUUGCCUUCAGCUGCAGAGUUAGUAGCUUUCACAGAAUAUAUGUACUCUGUAAGUAAAAGACACACUCUUGCUGAUUUUUUUUCCCUGUGCUUUUUCUGAAACCUUUUGUUAUGCUCCACAAUAAAAUUUGCACCUGAAAAUCAA